AUUAUGAAUCCGAAUGUGGAUAAGUGUCGGUGCCGCACAAAAAAUGUCUAGGUGGUAUUGGUAUAACCUUCUCGUCUGCAUGCAGCCAAGGUUAUGAUCAAGUACUUAGAUGUUUGCAUAUAGUAGUCCAUAUCAACUCAAAAGUUGUUUCAUGUGUAAGCACUUACAGACGACGUGACGCGGAUUUGGGACUCAGCUCGCUUUGUUCCACAUUGCAGUCAUCCGAAACCGGCACAUGCGGCAGAAAACUGUCACGUAUAGAAGCACAGCGAAUGCGAAAAUAUGAUGUACGACGUCGCCAAGUAGACAACUGUUCACGUGCCAAGAGCGUGUCAAACCGACUGAACCUUUUUCGUUUGCACAUCUUUGGAGAAGCAGGAACCUGACGCGAUUGCUGGUGUGCCAGAUGUGGGUGAUGGGUCUCCGAAAAUUAGCGGAUUUUUAUCGAAGUGAAAAGUUGUGCGCUCCCCCCCACACAUCAUCAUGUUUCGAUUUCUACUGUCGUGUGAUAUUUCCCACGUUGGUUGAUGCAAGGGAGUUGUCUUGCUAGUAUGCUUGUCGGGUUGGACUUACUCAAUAUCGGCGCAUCAUCUGCGCAGCGCUUGUUCCCAAAGGAAUCCGUUGCAUACUGGAGCGCUGCCAUUUUCGGAUUGUAACGCAUGUUCGGUAAAAGCAAAAGGACAUACAGUGCCAGUGCGUGAUGUUGCUAGCGCUUGCAAAACGCAACAGCUCCACCAUCGGAAACAGCAUCCUGGCACGGACAACAUGCGUUUUUUGGGUGCGGGAGAACUCUUUUCAACGUGAUAAUGCCUGGCCAAGACGACUACAUAUGCAGAUGCUCACGGAGAAGGACAAUGCACUGGUGACACAUGGUCGGAGUUCCAACAAGGCGUCUGCGACCGAGUAUCUAAGGCGACGAUUGUCCCGGCUGCUCAUCGCUCUCCACCACACGCGCACUGAUCAAUAUUCUUCAGUUUGACCACCGCAACAUAUUCUUCAGUUUGACCACCGCAGCAUUUAGGGCCUUGAACAUUUGAUGCCGUGCCCGGGCACGGAAAGAAAGAAAGAUUUAUCAGGUAGAGGCGGGACGAAGCGUUAGAUUGAUAAAACAAAUUUUUGUUGUACGAGUGCCCGUGAUCCCGAAAUAUAAGUAUACAGAUCCUCUAACGAAAACGAACAAUCAAACAAAAAUAUACGCCAAAGACAAGUUGGAUACCACAAGGAGUGCGGUGGCGAUUGAAGCCGAGCUGGGGCAAACUUUCAUUCGACAAAAAAUCGAGACUGCUAUUUUCGUAGCGAGCACAGAACUAGAUGCAGAUGCAAAAGGAAAGCGUGCAAACGCUGAGUCGAAGGCAAACGCAGGGAAAAUCGCAGCCGCCAUUGACGAAUCCAGGUUGACUAUGCACAAUGAAGCACCAUGCUUCCCCAUAUUUCGGAGCCUUUGGUGCGUCGGGGAAGUCAUUUUUCACCGUUGGGAGUAUAACAACAUAAGAACAUAAGCCUAGCCGCACUGGCGGCAAGCCUCACGUGCACCAUCAGAAGUGCAGUAUGGGCCGUUCUUUGCGGUAUCUCACCAUCAGAAAUGCGAGCUGCGAAGGGCGGGGCGCGCCACCUAAAGCGCUAAAACGUAGCUCGACGCUCUAUAGAUAUAUCCGAUGUGUAAUUUUAUGCUUCGUUGCGUCAUUUCGUAUGACUGUGAUAUCGAUGAUCGCAAUUUCUGUUUCAUUCAGUGGUAUGUGCUAGCAUACAUACUGACGCACGUAGGAAAGUGAAGACGAUCACGCGGAAAAGAAAAAAGGUGGUGGUUAUGCUUAAGGGCUUAGAAGUGACGGCUUCGUUAAAUGGGACUGUGUUUCAUUGUGAAUGGUGGCGACGUUGCUCCUACUACGAACAGCUGCCACGAGACCUCGCUCGGGAAAAAAAGCAAGCGGCUCGCACAGCUUGCGUCUGCGGAUGAAACGGCGGAAAAAUUCAACUUUUUGACUCGGCAAUUUCGGGACGCAGACUUCGCUGCUGCUUCUAUGGCGUGUGAAAUGCUCAAGCGCAAGUUAUCAAGCGCAAAUGUCUUCGGGUGUGGUAGCAAGUUGCAGAAUUUUGGUAGGAGAGUCCGAAUCAUGUUGUAGUGAGUAAGUACUUGCAUAGACGCAAUCAAAGCGCGCAUAGCGUUCCUGUACGCAGGCAAGUGCGGAUGCGCCGCAUUUUGCAUGAUUACGCGGCAGACCAGGACGCUUUGAUUUUGUGCGACAUGGAGAGAAGGAGCCUUUGUAGACCCAUGUAGUGAAAUACAGACCGAGCAGUCCAUACGGGAUGAAGUUGCGCACUUUUCCAGACCCGAAUAGAUUUGUUAGUCAGAUCUUGUUGAGCAAACUCCAGCAGAAGACGGGUGCGCAAGCAGACUCCAGCAGGUGCCCAUGCAGAUCCAAGGAGGUGCGCAGCAGAAGACGGCUAGAACGAUAGCGGAACAAUUUUGCGCAGACAAUCAGGAGUUCCAUGUCAAGCAGCGCCUAUGGUCAUUAAGAGAAAACGCAGCGAGCACCACCGAAAAAAACAACGUGCGCAAGCUCGUCGUGCGGAAGUAUGCGCAAAAGUUUGUGCAGCAGCAUUCAUGGUCGAAUCAAGAGUUCUUGAAAAAGCUCAUCCCUGCCACGGUCCGGGGUGCCGACGAGGUGGCAGAGGUUCUGCGCACGGAAGCUGAAAAUUUGGCCAGUGAGGAAAGGGGGUUGUCUAAUGCCGUUUAUGGGGAGUUCAGCGUAAUCUCCGCAGCGUCGGAGGAUCUACUGAAAGAGGCGGCCCAGGAGUUGAUUAACUGGGUUGUUAAAGACGGGAAGGACUUUUUUCAGUGGGGGUGGCCACUCGAAAAUUGCUCAGAGUCUUGUCGCGGCAAGCCAGUGCGAAGCCGAGUUGUACAUUCUGUCGUGGAGUGUGCGGUGGAUGUUCUGAACGGCGACGAACGGGAAGCCGCCACAUGGGUUACGAAAGUGGGAAAAGCAGCUUCUGCCCCCCAAGCAGAAGGGGACGCCGGAACGAACGGAAACGAAAUGCUGGCGGUACUUCUGGAGAUCGCGCUGAGCAGCCGGAAAUGGAGGGAUCCGGCGGAGCAGGCGGACGGUGCUUCUGCGGUAGAUCUUGUAUCUGGAAAGACUGGAGCGAAGCUACGGAAAAUUGCUCAGGAGCUUGUGCAAAAACAACAGGACAAAGACGAGGAACAGGGGGUGGCGGCUUGGAAGAAGGCUGUGGCUGACGUGUUGACGAGGGAGCAGUUGGAAUUGAACCGCUCGCAGGAGGACGGAGCAUCCGUGGGGCCUCAGCCAGGGCAUCAUCCAGACUCUCAUGCACGUUCGGGUCCUAAUGAGGGGAAUCCACAGCCUGCUUCGACGGGAAAACCCAGUGACGGGGAACAGCAAAGCGAUGAAGUGCAGAAAGCCAAAGCGCUCGUGCGAAGGCUUGCGGCACGGCCACGCGGAAGUGUAAAACGCGAUUGGGAGCUGAGAAUCGUACCCGCUUUGGCCCGGAAAAGCACUGAAAGAGAAGUAGCCCAGGUACUAUCCGACAGCGUCUUGUUUGGGUCAGACCUUUGGACCAGCGACUGGAACCAGGCCGCCAAGGAAUUGAUCGCGUGGGACGAACAAGGCUAUGAGUGGGCGGACUGGCCGGCGGGAAAGCCUGAGUCGGCCAGCGUUGAAGAGUUGACGGAAGAAAAAGUGAAGCGUCUUGUUCAACUCGUCGUGGCUGAAAACCCAGACAAAUGGACGGAAAAAAUGAAAGGUGCAGCUCCCACAGAAGUAAAAGACGAGCGCGCGAAAGCGUUGCUGGUGGUACUGCUGGAGGCCGCGCUCGACGAGGCGUUCGACAACGUUGGCAGUGAGCUUUUCGUGCCCGCAACCUUUGUCUCCAGGAAGAACCGGCCUAAACUGGAGGAGAUUGCGCAGAAGCUUGCUGGUGAUCCGGAGAUAUGGAAAAAUUGGAUUGCAGAAGAAAUGACCCGCAAGAGCCUGAUGAAGAAAGCCGCCUCCAAAAUUUUUGUUGCUCUAGGUGGUUCUGACGGGUUCAAGAUCUCAGCCACAGGGCCUGAGAUUACCGGCGCAGAAUUACCAGACGGGCUUCAAGAUCCAAUUGCUCGGCUCGACGAGUCUGUCCAGUUUCGCAAUCCGGAUUCAUUUGCUACUUCGUUGAAAAAAAUUGUAGGUGUAGCCAUGAUGCCUGGGUUUGAAGAGAAAUGCCAGUUGAGCCGGAGAGAAAAAGAUGUCGCAGGCACAGUGUUCGCCGUGGACCCUCUACGAACACGGAUAUUUGCCCAGGAAAUUAUCGAUUGGUGCCAGGGGGAACGGAAGACGGGUGCGGGUCUGGCUCGGAAUCAGGGAGAUCAUUCGUGGAAGAGUUGGAGGCAUUGGGCCUCGGAAGAGCAGAAGGAUGUUCUACAUGCCAAAGAACUUGUGAAGCAAAAAAUCACUCGGGUGGACGGGGCGGGACACGACGCAGGGGCACGCAGGUGGGAGGGGAAACUUCUCUCCGCGUUGGCCUUGGAAAGCCGUGAAAAAGUAGCAGAAGCACUGCAGGAUGUCGAGGAGGAUCCUGUCGCCGGCGCAUCGGAGCAGCCGCACAACUGGGACAAAGCCGCCGAGGACUUGAUCGAGUGGGACAAAGAUGGCAAGGACUUGGCAGAUUGGGCGGACGGGCGGCACGAUCCUCAGGAGUCGGAUUCUCCUGAACACCAAGAACAGUCGGCCCCCUUGAGCCCGGAGACUAUGAAGCAACGCGUAAAACAUCUUGUCCAAACAGCCAUGUCGGGAGAGGGCCAGCUCAAGCAGACAUGGACGAAACGCAUGGAUGAAGCUUCGGACGCACUGAAGGCGGUGCGGGACCACGGCAACGCCCGUGGCGAAAAGGGGCCCGCGGCUGAAGCAGAGGAACUAUCCAAGAAAAAGGUGAUGGAGGUUCUGCUCGACGCCGCGGUCGAACAAAAUAUUGAGAAGAAAAAUGAUGAAUUUAUUCAAGUGAAAAAUGUAUAAGCUCUUACUUCCCCAAUUUCCAGCAUGCUCAAUAAAACAAAGCAGUUGGCGACAUUUAUUUGUGUACACACAGGCCAAAAGAAGGAACAGCAUGCGGAUUGUACUAGUUUCUUUGCUGCCCGGCGUAUAAUCGGCCGCAAGCUCGACUGAAUGAGACAUUUUUGAUUGGUGCCAUGCGAUAGAGGCGCGCCCUGCGUAUCAACGCUGGCUCUCCACGUAGGAUCUCCUAUGGCCACGAGCUGUGGCCGAGUGUGGGGAGAGGGUAUUUUAUUCAUUUUUUCUCAGGAUAAUCCUUGCGGAUCUCCUCUUCAGGCGGAACCGAGCAGUACUGGAGCAAGUUGCGGCUGAGCUUUGCUACAACCCCGGAGAGUGGAAAAAAUGGAUCGACGAGAUGCAGAAGGAGUUGGCCGAGAGUUAUCCAAGCCGAUUAAAAAGCCCACCGCCCUCCCAUACCCAUUUUCGAAAGGAGAUCUGUGACGCAUUACUUGUUCCUCAAAUCAUUCCACUCACGUAUGUGACAGUGUCCUUAGAAGUUCUUCGGCGUGGCAGACGUCUUUGCUGUCGGGCAGAGCGCACCUCGACUGGCAGGGGCUUUCACCCCCUGUAACUAAUUUAUGGGCAGUACUUUUGCGUGGGCUUGCAUGAUCAAUAUUGAGCAACUCAAGAAUCGUCACAAACCUUUCGUUGGGUCGUAAUGAGUGCUGGGCGUUUUCAUCGUGAUACGCACAAGGCGAAAUACUCGCUCAUGAAGAACUUUGGCGCAGAUAUGCUGUCUGCCUUGAAAAAUUCGGAAUCCCAGCAAAGCAUGAGAGAGGCGCUAACUAAAGCGGUAGAGGACCGGAACCCCAACAACAAUGUGCAGCAGGUGUCUUACGUGUUGAAUCUCGUAGCAAUCAGCGCGUGGUCUCGAGGCGAAUCGACCCGCAAUGCUCCCUGGAGAAAAUUCGUAGAAGACACACUGAGCAAAAACGAGGCUGCACGGGAUAAAUUGGCCACGGAAAUAAUCGCAUGGUGUCAAGAGUCUGAAGGGAGAACUUGGGAACAAUGGGCUGAGGAGGUGCGGGUGGAGCAUGUGUUAGAAGAUGAGUUGGGUGAUGUGCCGGAGGAGGGGCCCAUCUCGGAGAUGCCGCCUAGCAUUGGGCAGUCGGGGAUGAAGGAGGCGGCAGGUCGUGCUGGCGGUGCACGUAUUCCAGUGACGGGGACUGCUGACAGCACGACUCAGCAGUCAUGGGAUGAUUAUGGCUUCAACGAACUGCAAAAGGAUGUUGACGUGGUCGUUGCAAAAACGCGGGAAGACCUUGCAAAAGCGCAACAACAAUUGAGUAAUGCUUUAACUGCAGCGACUUCGUGGUGGACGUCGCCGAAAGCAGAGGAGCAGGAGGUUACAGGUGAAAGCUGGCCGCAAACUGCAGAGAGUACUAUCGUCUCACUGUAAACGCGAUUCGAGCUCCUUCGGGAUGCGCGUCAGCGUUUGCGUGAGCAUUGCAUCAGCGUGGUUUCAAACGUAGCUUGUGUACCGUUAAUCUUUCAGUAUCUGUGUCGUACAAUUUCUCUGAAGUUCACUUUGUCUACCUGUACCGCCGCCAGUUCUUUUGCAAGUGAUACCAUAGCACUGUGAUUUCAAUUUUCUCGCAAUUCGAAGUCGAAUGUCAGUCGCUAUUUCAUGGUUGCGGUACUAGGAGCGCAAGCAUUCUUCCAGGGACGUAUUUUUUACAUUUUGUCAAGUUCAUUAGUUUUUGUUAUGCGAAGGAGCCAUGGAGUUGGAAGCUUUUCUGUAGUAUAGUUUUCUCUUGAGCAUACAGCUGAAGUUUUUAUCACGACUAGGGAAAGGAAGUCGGUGUUUUGUGGUUCGAAGAAGGUAGAUUUAUUUGCUCGUUUUUUUUUUUUCUCUGAAGGUAGGUUUUCGCCAUUGUGCACAAACUUGAAACCGACACCCACACUAUUAACGAACACCUGAGCAUGGUUUUUUUUUUAUUUGGAAUUCAAAGUAUCGAAAUAAGAAUAAGGAAGGCAAUGGCAAGUAAUGAGUGAUGUUUAAGAAAUAAGGCCUGUCAUGUGAAAACUUUACCUGCUUUCAGGGCAAAGGGGUCGACUUCUUUGAGGGUUUGUAUCUAUUCAUUGAUUCAUCUUUGAUGGGAAAGACGGUCUCUUUUUACGUCAGCGAAGGCGCGAGCCUUGGUAUCAUCCUCCGAAGACAAGACGCUGCGAGCAUGAAGAGCGGAGGGUUGCAUGAUCUCUGCACUAUCGAGGCCGUGCAGCAAAAAAAAUGUUGUUUAUUACGCGUAUCACUUUUUUGAAAGAUUUCUCAAUUUUGUAUGCUAUGUCGUCGCCAAGCUGUAGCUAUGGAAAGGGUCAGGCUUUCGAAAUGAAGCUAAGUACAGGAGUAUUUGCUGCCGUGGGCGUCAAAUCAGAUUUGGACGAUUGAAAGUUUGCUGCUUGAACCAAUUCAAACGCUGCGUGAUUGUAAACCGCGGGAUAAUUUCAAAUUAUACGCGAAAAUUAUUAGGGGUUUCCGACGAACAAACAGCUUCAAUCAUAUGUACAAAGCAGCUGGCACGACGUAAUGAAAGCACCGAUGGUAAGUAACAACUUUUGCUUCAAUGCGCCGCGGGAAAAUCAAUUUUCUCGCCGCAGGUUCUGUAUUCGCA